AUGAAAAGUAAAUGUUUACUUGCCGCUAAGGUAGGUAUGGAUGGGGCACAUUCUACUGACAAGAAGGAUGGAUGGAGGACAAUUCAGCUCAGCCAGUUCCUCCGAUACAUAAUAACAGGCCGGUUAGUGGCUAUCUUUGCUUACGGGUCCAUGAGCGAACCCCCAUGGGCAACAAGGCCCAGUCGCAAGAUCUACAUCCAUCCAGGUGACGAUGAAGAUCCUUCGACCGGCAAGGUUGUCCGAUACGAGAAUGGUAAUGGAGCUGUGUCGAGCAGCAUUAGUUCCCCGAGGAUACCGGAACUCUCGAUCAUACCAGUUGAAUCUGAUGUCUACUUCAUCACACCUGAGGUAGACUGA